AUGGAGCUUUAUCUACAGCCUCUCAACGUGCUCCAAAAGACUGUCUGGGUCUUUCCAGAUGAAACCCAACUCAGCCCCCAAGAAAUCACAUUUGUGGUCUACUACCUUGAGGCCCUGAUCACAUUGAAACACCUGCAGAGGGUUGGUGUGGUCAAGCACAUGACGGUUGAGGAGUGGAUCAAAAGAAGAAAGACAGAUGACGGACAUACUGUGGUUGGAGUGAUGGAGCACAAGACAGCUGCUCAGCAAGUGGCCAUGUUUGCUUUGGAUCAGGAGGAGGAAAUGUGGUGUGAUACCUACUACACGCGCAUCCGACCACAGAUUUUUAGGUCCAAGAGGUGUGUGGCGGACCAGGAUCGUGGCAGGUUUUUCCUCUCUUUGAAAGGGACCCCAAUCUACAACCCGUCAAAUGAUAUCCGGAGACUCCAUGAAAAAUACGAACUAGAACCUGUCACCAACCAAGAGGCCCGUAGGGUCUACGAGACUGCGAUGAAGACAAAGACCGACUCUGAAAGGAACUUGGUUGCAGACUACCUCACGCACUCAAACAUCACAGCUGAGAGGCACUACCGGAUGAAGCUCCCUGAAAACAUUGUGCGUGGCCGGCACCUUAUUGAUUUUGCUGCAGGUGAUUCCAGCAGUCAGCCUGACACAAGACCCAAAGGGACAUCACCUAAACACAGUUCCAUAGAGAGCGCCUACAAAAGAAUGAUAGCUGAAUAUCCUGUGACGCUAGAUGGAAAGGCCCCUUCCAUGGAUGUACGGGUGGCCUUCUCUGACAAAUUCCAGAGGAAGCUGUAUGAGAGAUGGCUGAAAGCUCAAAUGAAGUUACGAGAACAACAUGUGCUCGAACACUUCAGUCGACGUCUGCCCAGUGAAGCUCGUGUAGAAUCAUGGAUCAAGACAAGAGGCAGGAAAAUCAACGUGCCAAGUGUCUCAGCAGUUCUUGAGAAAUGGCAGCCAUCAGGAAAUGUGGAGGAUGCUAUUUCUGCACCUUCAGUCAAAAAGUGUGUGAAAUCACAAAAGUGAAAAGGCCUGCUCAUCACAGACAUUGAGGGAAAGAGCAAGGGUGUUGUCACCACCAGAGACUUUAAGAGCGGGGAAGUGGUCUGUGACUACCAUGGGAGGGUCGUCAGCGGCGAGGAGGGAAAGCGCAUCCAUAAAGAAACUUCCCCCCGAAGAGACAGGCUACAUGUUUUUCUACAAGAACAAGGGAAAUGAGUUUUGCAUUGAUGCGCACCAAAGACACUGACUGUCACCCA